AGCCAAACGGAGGGUCAUGUGACCGGUCAGCUGAUGCCCGCUCAACAGCGGCUUGGAGCAGCGGGAGGUGAGACUGUCCUGACCGAGGACUGAUUCCAGGACAGCUGAUGGCCUUCAAGUCUCAACAGGCGGGUCGUGAGAAUGGAGUGCCUCGUUGACAGCAUUGAGAAGGAUUUGGGCAUCGAAAGGAAGCAGCUGGUGUUAGGGGAAAGAUGCCAGUGGGUGGCAUAUGUGCCAGUGAAGUGGCUGAACAGCCUGAAGGAGAGGAAGCUGCUUCCGAGCUCCUGCCCCAGGCCCGAGGGUGUCAGUGAGGCUGAGAUCGCAACCUUCCUCCAGCCCUCAGUCAACAAGCUCCCUGCUGGCUGGACCCGAAUCUCCAUCCAGACCCUGAGGAAGAGUCGGCUGGCUUACCACAUAUCACGGAGAUCCAGCUCCCCCCCAGGAUGGUCAGAUGAAGCAGGGAGAGUGGGCGGAGGGCUUGAUUUGGACACGGUUUCUGGCUUCAUGAAACACGUGGCUGACCAGAAUUACAGAAACCUGUGGCGGAAGGCACAUGGGAGCUACAUCAGGCCCCACACAGUUAGCAUGGAGAAACCAGGGCCUUCCUGCCUCGAGUCUGUGAAGGGCUCGCUCAGCAGGCUGCUGGGCUGCAGCUUUAUACACAUUGGUGGUGAUUCCUCACUCACUAAAGAGGCUGGACCUUACCCAUCCCCCAUCAGCCAAGGGACACAUCCCAAUCUCCUCCCUGCUGAGGCCUUGCUCGAGUCAGCCCACUUCCUGUAUGUGAUCCAGCCCUUCUCUCGCUACUCUUUGCGGGAUGUUGUGACAUACAGCCCUGCCAAGCUCGCCAGCAGCCAUGCCAAGGUGCUCUUUAUCCUCUUCCAGGUCCUACAAGCUAUGCGGGCCUGUCAUCGUGAGGGAUUGGCCUGUGGCAGCCUGUCCUUGAACCAGCUGAUGGUGGAUGAGAGACUCUGGACCCAGCUCCAGCUCAGCCUCUCUGACUACGAGAGGCCGGAGUGUGCGGAGCUGAUCAGGGGCGAGGCUGGCCAACAGGGUGGUGAGCGGGCAGACUGCAGUGGGCAGCUGGAGAAGCUGCCAGGACUCCUUACCGACUGGGUUCACGGGAGGAUCAGCAACUUCAGCUAUCUGAUGGGGCUGAACAGGUUGGCAGGACGGAGACCUGGGGAUCCCAACUACCACCCCGUGCUGCCCUGGGUGGUGGACUUCACUGUCCCUUACGGAAAAUUCCGGGACCUUCGCAAAUCCAAAUUUCGACUGAACAAAGGAGACAAGCAGCUGGACUUCACCUAUCAGAUGACUAAGGAGGCCUUUGUGGCUGGAGGUCAGACUGGGGAACAGCUUCAUGUGCCUCAUCACAUCUCUGAUAUCCUCUCUGACAUCACCUACUAUGUUUACAAAGCUCGCCGAACGCCUCGUUCUGUCUUGUGCAGCCACGUGAGAUCCCAGUGGGAACCCAAUGAAUAUCCAGCAAGCAUGGAGCGGAUGCAAUCCUGGACACCAGAUGAAUGCAUCCCAGAGUUUUACACUGAUCCCACCAUCUUCCAGUCCAUCCACCCUGACAUGCCAGACCUGGAUAUUCCGGCCUGGUGCGGUUCCUACCAGGAAUUCAUCGACAUUCACCGCAAACUACUGGAAUCAAAGGAAGUCUCACUCAAUCUCCACCACUGGAUAGAUCUGACAUUCGGAUACAAACUGACUGGGAAGGAAGCGGUUAAAGCUAAGAAUGUGUGCUUACACCUGGUGGACAGUCACACUCACCUGACCAGCUAUGGGGUGGUCCAGCUGUUUAACCAACCGCACCCUCAGCGACUGGUAGGAGGCAGCUAUGCUCCACCGGAGGCACCUGCCAUCACCCGACACCUGAAGGAUGUGGCAGAGCGGUGCUCUGAGAUACGGGCAGCCAGCCCCAUUAACGGGGUGGUCCCAGAGACAGCGGGCUCAGAGGGGGCUUGGCCAGUGGAGCAAGAUUCUGGAGAUCAUUCGAAGGAGGAGGAUCUGGAGGAGGGCACGGAAGCACUGGAUUCCCUGUCAGCUUUCGAUGAAUCCUUGGACCAAUCAUCUCCCGCCCCAAUCGGCAAUCUCUCGACAGUCGAUCCUCGGUCUCUUGUCAGCAGAAUGAACCGUAACCAAGGGGCAGCUAAUCAUGAGCUGCUCGAUGCCAGGAUCUCCCUCCCCGAAGGUUUCAAUCCUCUGCAGGCUUUGGAGGAGCUGGUAAAACUUGAUAACUUCCUGGUGCGAGGAUUGUAUAGUGAGCUGCCAGAGAGAACCCACACAGAUCAGACUCGCGAGCUCUCCUUCUCUCAGUUAGUCCAGAGAGACAUGCAAGCGUUUGGAGUCCUCAUUGCUGAAAUCUUCUUUGCCCAUCGGCUGAAAGCUCUUGCGCAGAACGCUCCUCUCCUGGAUCGUUUCCUAGCUGUGAGGAAACUGUGCCUCCACCAUAUGAAGGAGAUUGCAGCUCCACUUCAACAGGCCACAUCCACGUUACUCCAGCUUCAAGUGAGCCCUGAGGAGUUAUUGAAGACUCGAACGCAUCGGGAUCAGGUCAGCCUGUUUGAGUAUCAGCCUGUCUUUGAAGGGUUACCUCCACCCAGCCCAUCCCAGCUGCUCAGUCCCUGUUGCCCCAUCAUCUCCUUCCCUUUUUAUUUCAACUCUCUUCACCGAUUUGUCUGCAUUUACUAUUCACACUGGGCAGAGGAUGGUGAUCAAGGACGGGAUUUUGUCUUCUCUCUCUGGCAACAGUUGGAUAAGCUCCUGGAGAAGGUGCAGCCAGAGGGGCUGGAGAUUCUUUUGCCUUUCAUCCUUGGGCUCAUGUCCAAUGAUUUGACUGCUGUCUACGCUGCCUGGUAUUUCUUUGAGCCCAUUUCCCGUGCUCUGGGACCUCGCAAUUCUUACCGAUACCUCCUGAAGCCUCUGGUGGGGGUCUACGAGAAGCCUGGUUACCUCUGUGGCCGUUUCUAUCUGUACACUGAUUGUUUCAUCGUUCAAUUGAUUGUGCGGCUGGGCCUCCAGCCGUUCCUCAACAGCCUCCUGCCCCAUAUCUUACAGGUCCUCACUGGGCAGGAAGGGGCUGAGGAGAGCCAGGUAUUGGGGGGUGCAGUGGAUGAUGAGGAAGGUGUCUCUGCCAGUCCUGACUCCUAUAGCAGCGCUGAGCUGAAGGGCGCAGCAGAACACAGAUCUUCUAGCUUUGUGGACUUCUCCUCUGGCAUCAGCUUCAGUGACCAGGCUGAGCUGACUGAGAGCGAGGACUUCCAGAAUGGGAUCUUCCUGAGUGAGCGGGAGCAGGAGUCCGUCAGCCUGGGGAAGCUGAGUGACAAGAGCAGCAACAGUGAUGCCUCUGCUGAGGAUUGUGGCACAGACUCCGACUCUAAGGAGAGGCUGAGCCUUCGCUCAACAGACAGCAAUCGGGAUUUCAAACUGAUGGAGGGCUUCCUGCAGCCAGGAGACGAGGAGGAGGAGGAGCAGGAGGAGGAGGAGGGUGAGGGUGAGGUGGCUCCAGAAUCAGCAACUUUUUGUUCUCCACCUGCCCCUGACCCCAGGGAGAAUGAAACACUCACCAAGGCGGGUAAUCUGGAUGAGGAGGAAGAUGAGGAGCUGAGUGAAGGGAAGGAGCAGAAGAUAUUGCUCGACACAGCCUGUAAGACAGUGAAAUGGUUGUCGGCGAGGCUCGGACCAACGCUCAGCUCCAGAUAUAUUGUCCGCAAUCUCCUGCGUCUGCUCAUCAGCUGCUACUUUGGUUGUGAGAAACAUCAGUUUGUGUCGAUGGGUGAUGACAAUCUGACUCAUGUUGGGAAUAUCUACGAGAGGCGGCCAGUGCUGGGGGACCUGAUUGCAAAGCCGGUCUUGGAAUGUCUGAUGUAUGUGGCUCAGUUGUAUGGGGAGCCGGUGCUUACAUAUCAGUGCCUCAUUUACAUCGCCUAUGUGGUUGGCCCCAGCAACAGCUGGCGGCUGAACAGUCGGAAGGAGGCGGGGUUGCUGUCGGCUAUGGUCCUGACACAGAAGAUCAUUGUUUACCUGUCUGACACCACCUUAAUGGACGUGCUGCCCAAGAUUAACCAGGAUGUGCUUCUUCCCGUGCUGGAGGUGCUCACCUCCCCAAACACCAGUUUCCCCAGCAGAGUGCAGGCUCGCAUGGCACUCUGUGUGAAGACCCUCAGCCUCAUCGCGCUGGUGUGUCUGAGAAUCGGGCAGGAGAUGGUGACUCAGCACAUGAGUGAGACAUUGCGUCGAUUCUUUCAGGGAUUCUCCAUCGUUUCUGACCUGAAGCACCGGAUGGGAGUGAGUGAAAAUUCCAGAGUCGGAUUGGCAGGCCUGUCGGAUGGGACUGAACUGGGCUGGGAUCUUGCUGCCCUGGAAGAGCUGGAGGUGGUGUUCAGUCUGGAGAUGGCCUAUUCCGCCUACAUCCCUUUCAACUGCCUGAUUGGCGAUUCGAUUAUUAAGAAUGUUUUGCCGAACCACGAUCAUGUGUGGAAGCUGGUGACCCUGUACCAGGAAACAGUCAGCAUACAGAGUCCUGAAUCAUCUCAGCCGAUCUCUCCAGAUGCCCAUCAGCAGAAAGGUUUUGCUCUCUCCAUGCGGGAUACUCUGGUGGGAGAUGACAGAGUGAGUGGGACGUUCGGGAGCGUGACAGUGGGAAACCGCAUUGAGAUCCCACAGGACACCGCGUCCGAGGGUCUUCGCUCAGCCCAAGUGAAGCAGAGCCCUAACACCCUGGGAUUCGGGGGAUCGGAGGAGGAUGGCUCCCUGAAGCAGGAGCUGCCCCGGAGCGCGAGGAUGCUGUGUGGGAACUGGCUGGCGUAUUGGCAAUACGAGAUUGGCCUGAGCCAGUAUGAUACGCGCUUCUGUUUCCAUCAGAUCCGGCUGCAGCAUUUCACCGGCCACUCGGGCACCAUCAAAUGCUUGUCCACUUUGAGUGGUGAGGAUUUCUUCCUGAGUGCGAGUCGGGACAAGACAGUGCGCCUAUGGCCUCUCUAUAACUAUGGCGAUGGCACCAGAGAGAUGGAGCCACGGUUAACCUACUCCGAGCAUAGGAAAUCUGUCUUCUAUGUCCAGCAGGCAGAGGCUCUGCAACAGGUGGUGAGCUGUGAUGGGUCUGUUCACCUCUGGGACCAGUUCACAGGGAGGCCGAUCAGGAUUUUUGAUGCCUUUGACUCUCGGAAUCCAGUCACUGCUGUCACCUCCAUGCCGGCUCCGCACUGCAGCAUCAUCACUGGGACAGCGGACUCUGUGCUGCACUUCAUCGACCCCCGGAAACCAGGACUACAGCAUGAAUUCAGACUGAAUAGCAGUGUGACAGCGGGGCUGAUUCGCUGCAUGGCAGUCAGUCCAAGCGGCCGCUCCGUUGCUGUGGGAUUCUCGUCGGGCUAUAUUUACCUGCUGGACACUAGGACUGGUCUGAUCAUGAGAGUGUGGCAGGCACAUGAGAGUGACAUCCUUCAACUCAAGACCGCGGAAGGGAAUGUUGUGGUCAGUUCCUCGACUGAUCACUGCCUCACUAUCUGGAAAGAGUCCGACCAGAAGCCUUUCCACCAUUACAGGUCACCCUCUGACCCCGUGCACACUUUCGAUCUCCAUGGUAAUGAGAUUGUAGCCGGCACGGCGGCCAAUCGCAUUGGAAUCUACUCGCUGUUGGGCACCUCGGCCCCAGUUGCCAUGAACAAACUGAGCUCCGAGAACUUCCGCGGGACACUGACAAGCCUGGGGAUCCUUCCCGCCAAGCGCCUGCUCCUGCUGGGAUCUGACAACGGAGUGAUCAGGCUGCUUGCUUAGCCCAGUGUCCACUCCUGAAGACCAGAGGAACAAGGAAUCUUAAUAAAUAGAAACCUUUGUGCACCAAGCUCACACUUGGUGAUUAGCAACGAGGAAGCUCACCCCUCAAUCAAACACACUCACAUUCCAGUGAUGUGCACAGAAUUGCUCAAGUGAUACCCCUCCUGGUUGAACAGCCAUCCCCUUCCACCCGCCCCCUUCCCCCAAUCCCAGGAGUGAAGCAAGAUUUGCUGUUUUCAGACUGUUUCUUUUUUAUAUACUGUACAGUGAAUCUGCCAGUUGGAUUUCUGUAUCUGAAAGAGAGGAAACUGUUCCCAGGAUUUCAAAAUAUCUGAUCGGCCAAGAAACGCCGGGACAUUUUUUUUAAAAAGUAAAGUUUUGUUUUUGUGUUUGGAGUGCUCGGUCAGUCAGCGUUCGCCAAGGCGUUGACAGAGUUUUGAGGUCUCGAAGAUUUGGUGCUAGUGAUUUUCUCCCAGGAAUGUUUGUUCACUCGAUAUCAAUGCUCAGGUGAAGGAUGGAAUCUCCUGUCUCAGUGCCUUGGUUACCCCACCCCCAGCCAGACUGCUCCCCCCCCACCCCCGACCAAACCCUUUGACUAUCACAGCAACCCCGGUGGGGGGAGAACUGGAGCGUGGCGGAAGGUGGUUUGAUGGUUGUGGGGCUCAUGGCUGGAGGUAGGAGGAUUACCUCCUGCCUGUUUGAGGUCCUGUUUUGCACCUGUCACUUCUUGCCCCAUUACUGGGCAGGUAAAAAGACAUUAGCCACAGUCUAGUGGGGGUUACUGUCCCCUGAGGUAGACUGAUUUCAUGUGGCUGGGUCAGUUAAACACUGAGCCCAGCUACCUAAGCUAUAAACGGGAGUGGGGUAGGGGCAAGGAUCUGGCUUUCUGCCCCUCCAUGUUCUGUGAGGCCAGAGUGUGUGGGAUGGGGGGUAAUAAGGGGGAAGGUGUCAUCAUGCGGUAGGGCCGAUGUUAACCUGCUUGGUCAGCAUUAACAUGAAUAAACCAGCCAAUCGCAAGAGACAUUGAGCAGACCCUUAUCAACCCAUCUCAGGAAGAUCUUCAGAUUAAAGUUUGGGGUAUUAGUAGUGGACUGGCCACUCUCUGACCAGGUCACGACACCCAUACAGAUGAUGUAAAGAGUCGGUGGUUACUAAGGAGAGUUGGUUGGUGGCAACAGUAUUUCCCUGUCCUACAAUAGUUAGGAGCAGGCAAGUUUAUCACUAAACAAUACCUUGUAUUCCAGUUCACAUCACAUUUGUUUCAUGAGAGAUGUUUGAUUUUUUUUGUAUAAUUUGAAUCAAUCUGAAAUGUUAUGACUGUUAAACUAUCAAACUGCUCACCUGUUUCCUUAGCAACCAGUCUGAGACCCAUCCCAACAUGUUGGGUGUUUGUGGGGCAUGGGCUGCCUGGUCCUGAACCUGGGUACAUGGUGGGGUGGUGGGUGCUGGGGUGCUUGUUGGCUGCAAAGUCCUCGUGUGAAUUGGGGAGUUUAGCUAUUGCAGAAUGGCCUAAAAUGGUUCCCCCCCACCCCCACUCUUCUCCUUCCUCACCACAUCUCUGUGUGCCCACUCCCCUCCCUCUCUCCCUCCUUACCCCUCCCCCCCACCAGGCCUUCUGCCCACCCCCUCCCCGGUCUCCCUUCCCCACCCCCCCUACUUCCCCGCCCUCCCCAUACCACCCCCACUCUGGCCCCACACUCACCUGCAGGUUUAAGAGGAUCACGGGGUGGGUUUGCAGUAUCUGUGGUGGGUGGGGUUAAAGGUGAAGCUGACUGGUGCCAGGGAGAUCUCGUCUCUCGGUAACCAGGUCAGGGAGCACCUACUGAUCUCGGGCGACAAACCAUAAUGUUUGUCAUUUCUCGUGCCUGCCCCAUGAGGCUGAAGCCAGUCCCAGCCGGUAAUGCACAGGAACUUUGCAGAAAUGGAGCAAGUAUUCAUGUGCAAUGUGAAUAUUUAUAAAUAAAAGAUCUUGAAACCA